GCCUCCUCUCGCUCUUCCUCUCCUUCCCUCUUCCCCAUCCCCCGUCCCCUCCCCAUCUCCUCCUCUUCCUCCUUCUGUCUCUCUCUAUACCUCUACAAUGCAUCUUCUCCGUGCUGCGCGCCAAGGUGCCUCUCUCGCCGGUGUCUCCCGCCGCGCUUUCUCCUCGUCCUCCGUUCGUGCCGGCUACGAAGACACCGUCAACAACCUCAAAAUCAACGCCGACACCAAGGUCCUUUUCCAAGGAUUCACUGGCAAACAGGGUACUUUCCAUGCUACGCAGGCCAUAGAAUAUGGAACCAAAGUCAUCGGUGGAACCAACCCCAAGAAGGCUGGUCAGACCCACUUGGGUCUGCCCAUCUUCGGAACCGUUGAAGAGGCAGUCAAGGAGACUGGUGCUUCGGCCUCUGCUAUCUUCGUCCCUCCCCCUCUCGCUGCGGCUUCUAUCGAAGAGGCCAUUGCUGCUGAGCUUCCGCUGGUCGUUUGCAUCACUGAGGGAAUCCCCCAACACGACAUGGUUCGCGUGGUCGACAUGUUGAAAACCCAGAGCAAGACCCGCUUGGUCGGUCCUAACUGCCCUGGUAUCAUUGCUCCGGAGCAAUGCAAGAUUGGAAUUAUGCCUUCUUACAUCCACAAGCGCGGGCGCAUUGGCAUCGUUUCUCGUUCCGGCACUCUCACCUACGAGGCCGUCAACCAGACCACCAACGUCGGUCUCGGCCAGUCCCUUGUCAUCGGAAUCGGUGGUGAUCCCUUCUCGGGCACCAACUUCAUCGACGCCCUCAAGGUCUUCCUUGAGGACGACGGAACCGACGGAAUCAUCAUGAUCGGUGAGAUCGGUGGUUCGGCCGAGGAAGAGGCCGCCGAGUACCUCAAGCAGUACAACUUGACCCGCGCCCAGCCCAAGCCCGUCUGCUCCUUCAUCGCCGGUGUGUCUGCUCCCCCCGGCCGCCGAAUGGGUCACGCCGGUGCCAUUAUCUCCGGAGGUAAGGGCGGUGCUUCAUCCAAGAUCGCGUCCUUGACCGCUGCUGGUGUUGCGGUCGAGAAGUCGCCUGCUCGUCUCGGAAAGACUUUGUACGAGGAGUUUGUCAAGUACGACUUGUUGUAAAAACCUCUUUUUUGUGUGAUUGAUGUCUGAGAGGGUGCCGGGUUCGUAGUAUAGUCCUGUUCAAGUCAUGUACCCGACAUGCUGCUACCGCGUAAACUCUUCUUGUCUUUCUAUAUAUCUAUCUAUAUAUCUUUCUGCUAUCUUUUAUCUUUUCUUAUAUUAUACUAUUUUUUGUAGUUAGUUUUCAUAUUCCUAUUUUACAUAGUAUAGUGCAUGAUAUAAAAAAAUUUACAGAAAAUCACCGACGACUGUGUCGUAGGUUUUUUUGUUUACUAUAUUAUUCGUGGGUUUGAUUUCGUUUUUUGAGAGACUGUUGAAGUAAUAGUUAUAGAAAUUAUGAGUGUGCGAUAAGAGGAUUUGUGUAGAGACCAAUAAUAAACGAAUUGAUGGUUGUGAUAUAAUGCUGAGUUGAUUAUUUGAUAUUCAACAAA